GACCGUCACCUGGACAACAAGUACAUCAGAAAAGGGGAACAUACAUUACACCUUUUGAAAACAAAAAUACCAGGAACAAACUGAAAAAAUGCCACCUAAAAAGAAGAGCGGAAAGAAGGGAAAGAAAGGGAAGAAAUCUGGAAAGGCCAAAUCACCAACAGUUAUAGAUGGAAUCUCAACAGAAGAAAUGUCCAAAGAACAGUUGGAAGAACACAUACAAAGAUUACGUGAGGAAUUGGAACGUGAAAGAGAAGAGAGAAACUACUUCCAAUUGGAAAGAGACAAGGUCAACACAUUCUGGGAAAUCACAAAAAGACAGUUAGAAGAAAAGAAAGCAGAACUUAGAAAUAAAGACAGAGAAAUGGAAGACUCAGAAGAAAGACAUCAGACUGAAAUUAAAGUUUACAAACAAAAAGUGAAGCAUUUACUGUAUGAACACCAGAAGAAUAUAACAACAAUAAAGUCACAAAAUGUAUCCGCCCUUAAAUUGGCACAAAAUGAUCAAUCGAAAAGUGAGAAGAACCUGAAGAAAGAUAAACGAGCCCUUACCACACAAAUCAAAGAAGAGGAACUUUCUCAUGAAACAUACAUUAAAAAUUUGAAAAAGACAAAUGAUGAAGAAAUAUCAAGGUUACGAGCAGACUUUGAGAGACAGGCUCAUGAAAUUGAAUCAAAGUAUGAAAAGAAGAUGAGAGCAUUGAGAGAUGAACUGGAUUUAAGGAGAAAGACAGAAAUACACGAAAUAGAAGAAAGGAAAAAUGGACAGAUUCAUGAUUUGAUGAGAAAUCAUGAAAAAGCUUUCAGUGAAAUUAAGAACUAUUACAAUGAUAUUACAAUCAAUAAUCUGGCACUUAUCAAUACAUUAAAGGAACAAGUAGAGGAAAUGAGAAAAGAAAAAGAAAGAAUGGAAAAACAGAUGAAUGAGAUACAGAAUGAAAAUAGAAGAAUGAAAGAACCAUUAGAGAGAGUGAAAGAAGAACUAGCAGUAUUACAGAAACAACUUGCUAAUUAUGAAAAAGACAAAGAAACACUCAGAAUGACUAAAGCAAGGUUGAAGGUCACAGAGGAUGAAUUUAGAGCAUUGAAAUGGGAACAUGAGGUUCUUGAACAAAGAUUUGAAAAGACACAAAUGGAGAGAGAUGAUUUGUACAAGAAAUUUGUUAAAGCUAUUCAUGAAGUUCAACAAAAAAGCAACUUCAAGAACUUCUUACUGGAGAAGAAACUGGGAGCACUGGCUGACACUCUUGAAAAGAAGGAAGCCCAGUUGAAUGAAGUCUUAUCAGCAUCAAAUCUUGACCCAACUGCACUCACAGUUGUCACAAGAAAAUUAGAGGAUGUAUUGGACUCCAAGAACAGUGCUAUUAAAGACCUGCAAUAUGAGUUAGCUAGAGUUUGUAAGGCACACAAUGAUUUGUUAAGAACGUAUGAGGCCAAGUUAACACAGUUUGGUAUACCAACAGAAGAAUUAGGAUUCAAACCAUUAGAGAGUACCGUUGGAGGACAAGCUUUGGGACAAGGACCUGCUGGACUAGUGUCGGCCCCUUCAUAAAUUACUGUUUCAAAGAUAGUAGCCAUUCCAUCCAAAUAGAUAACAACCUUAUUGAAAUAUGAUGUCAAAUCAUGAACUUUGUACCAAUUUUAUAUUUUAAGAAUUGACUGUCUUUAGAGAGAGAGCUGUGAUAACUUAUUUUUACAUGUGUACUUGUGAUGUAUAUAAUAAAUUAUGUGUAUAUCUGACUAUUAAAAGAAAACAUCUAAUUUUA